CUCAUUUUCACUCACCAAAGUGACCUACACUCAUAUUUCACCGUCCCCCGUCACCACUCCUCAUCACUCUCAAAUCUCGGAACCGCGCUCAUUCACUCGUCGGAACGAUUCGCUCACUCGUUCUCUGUCAGAACAACUCGCUCUCUCUUCCCAUUGACGAAGAACGACAAGCUGGCGAUGGCGAUGGCGAACUGCCUGGAGAACUGAGAUGGCAGUGAUAGCGAGCUGAGACAGUAGCACCAAACAAAGAUGGUUUGAAGCUUCAACCGAGUUUAAAGGACUAGCUUGGUUCUACUUCAAAAAUGAUGGUCUUUCAAGCAAGAUCUAUACGACAUGUAGAAGCCGUUCGACAUACCUGUGGAUCUAGAUGGUCCUUUACACUUUAUUCUCAUUACUCAGAUACACCUCACAAGAAGUCCAAGCUUGCUCCUUUACAGGAAAGAAAAAUGAUAGACAGGGUCAAGAUAUUUGCGAAAGGCGGAGAUGGUGGGCAUGGUUGCUCCAGCUUUCGCCGUAGCCGACAUGAUCGCUUGGGCAGACCUGAUGGUGGCAAUGGUGGCAGAGGUGGAGAUGUGAUUUUGGAAUGCUCUCCUAGAGUUUGGGACUUCAGUGGUUUACAACGUCACCUUAUAGCUGAGAAAGGAGGACAAGGAACAUCCAAGAAUAAGAUAGGAACAAGGGGUGCAGAUAAGGUUGUCCAUGUCCCAGUUGGUACUGUACUGCAUCUUGUUAGCGGUGAUAGUCCUGCUAUGGUCAAAAUUCAACCCUCAGCCGAUGUUGAUCCUUGGGAAAUUCCUGGUGCACUUGUUGGUGAUCUUUCUGACCCUAGCAACGAUGAUUUAAUAUCCACUGUUUCUGGUGCGGAAAGAGUCAAUGAAAUACAUGGUAGCUUAUCAGAAGCUGCUGAAACAAAUGCUCAGAAAUCUGUAAAAUCAAGACAAGUUGCACCAACAGAUGAAUUUUCUCAGCUUUCAACUGCUAGCGGAACUUCCGAAUCUGAUGCAGAGGAUAUAGGAGAAAAACGAGACAUGCUAUAUAAUGUUGCUGAAGUAACAGAAGAAGGUCAACAAAUUGUCAUUGCUCGUGGAGGAGAGGGUGGUCUGGGCAAUGCAUCUACUUUCAAAGAUUCAAGGAAGACUUCAACUGCAAUGACAGGGUCAUGUCAAGACAUAUCUAAUGCCGAGGAUCAUGACGGCGGUCACUCCUCUGCGAGAGCCGGCUUGCCUGGUUCCGAGACUGUUCUUGUAUUAGAGCUCAAGAGCAUUGCUGAUGUUAGCUUUGUAGGAAUGCCAAAUGCUGGAAAAAGCACUCUGCUUGGAGCUAUAUCAAGGGCUAAGCCUAGUGUUGGUUCCUAUGCUUUCACCACUCUUAGGCCUAAUUUGGGAAAUCUGAACUUUGAUGAUUUAUCAAUAACUGUGGCUGAUAUUCCUGGUCUCAUAAAGGGCGCACACCAAAACCGUGGACUCGGACAUGCGUUUCUACGCCACAUAGAACGUACGAAGGUUCUGGCAUAUGUGCUGGACUUGGCUGCUGCUUUAAAUGGAAGGAAGGGAAUUCCACCAUGGGAACAGCUGAGAGACCUGAUUCUUGAGCUUGAGUACCAUCAGGAAGGUUUAUCAAAAAGACCAUCGUUGAUUGUGGCAAAUAAGAUUGAUGAGGAAGGUGCAGACCAAGUAUACGAUGAGUUAAAGAGAAGGGUCCAUGAUGUUCCUAUCUUUCCGGUGUGUGCUGUUUUGGAGGAAGGGAUACCAGAGCUUAAAGCUGGCCUCAAAAUGCUUGUCAAUGGUGAAAUGUCACGUGGUCUUUGCUUAGAUCAAAUUUUGCUUGCUUAGAUUGAUACUCAACUCAAAGUCUAGGGUUUAGGGUGUAAACCAAGAUAAACUCUAAAAAGCAAUAAUCAUUAUCUAAUCAAACCAUUUGAUAUGUCCAAUUUUUUUAAUGAAA